AAUUGAUGGGAUGGUGUGCUUGCAGCUUGGUAGUUGUGUACUCCUGUUGCUCCGCGCGAGCCUACUUUCUUUUCCACCAUGGCUUAGGUUUAUUUUGCUCGGCCAACUGGACAUCGAUAAGUCAAUCUUGCCAUUGGCUCAAUGUUUUGCUUUUUCUGCGCCUCGCCAUCUGCUCUACUUUUCGCGCCAUGACCCGAAGCAAAUCGGAGGGUACCAGUAUCCAUCCAAUGUUGGUGAGAUCUAAGUGCUUCCUUAAGAAGACUGCUGGAUAUGCUGAUCGUGCUAUUUUAUGGGGGUCUUUGCGACCUGUACAUCAACAUUUUAGUUACCACGAUUCUACAUAGACAAUCGAUGGUCGGAUUAGAAAUAUUCAGGGAUCUAAAUAUAACCGCUGAGGAAUUACACCUCCCAGGAAGCCAUCUUGUAUUAGAUGACGAACGGUGGUCGGUGUAUGGAUGAUAGACCUCCUAGAUCAGGAAGGAAUUGCUGUUUGCCGUAAGACAUUUUCAAAGUAUUAUUGCUUUGAGAAAGAACAAGAAGGGCUGGGCAUUAUCCGUCAUUUGUCCAGCCUUGUGAAUGGCCCCAGCUGUACAACGCUAUGUCUUGGGUGAUCGAUUAAACGAUUUUAUUAAAACGCUUCGUGGAGCCCAGAUGAUUGGAACAACCUAUCCCUGCCACAUCCACACUCAUCCUAGUGAGGCUAUCUAAUGGUGCGAGAUACAGGAGGAGGUCCAACGGCUCUUUCUAUGGAAAGCCCUUUUUUAACAGCAGCAAUAAUCAUAUUCUGAGGCGGACAAAGAUGCCCGUCCCACCUUAAGGGCAUACCUUGGAUUUCUC